UAAACUGUGAGGAAGAGGAGCGCAGCCCGUGCAGGCGGGACAGCGGGGCGCGCAGGACAUCAGCACACCGGCCGGGUCAAGGAGCUGCAAGGAUGGAGAUCCGACCGGACAGGUUCAAGGCGGUGGCGGGUAAAACCUUGGGGAAAAUUCACAGGCUCAUUGAGAAGCGACAGGCAAAUGGAGAAACCAUUGAACUAUCAGCUGAAGGCCGCCCAGAGCUGGUAGAGGAGAAGGAGCUGCCUGUGGUGGACUGUACGUGCUUCGGCCUCCCCAGGCGGUACAUCAUCGCCAUCCUAUCUGGUCUAGGCUUCUGCAUCUCUUUUGGUAUUCGAUGUAACCUGGGUGUGGCUAUCGUCAGCAUGGUCAAUGACCAUACAGUCUACAAAGGCAACAAGGAGGUGCUUGUGGCUGCACAGUUCACCUGGGACCCAGAGACAGUGGGGAUGAUCCAUGGCUCCUUCUUCUGGGGCUACAUAGUCACACAGAUACCGGGUGGAUUUAUAUGUCAAAAGUUUGCAGCUAAUAGAGUGUUUGGCUUUGCUAUAGUGGCCACGUCUGUCCUCAACAUGCUGAUCCCAUCUGCAGCUCGCUGCCAUUACAGCUGCGUCAUACUUGUGAGGAUAUGUCAAGGCCUUGUCGAGGGUGUAUCCUACCCGGCCUGUCAUGGGAUCUGGGCCAAGUGGGCACCUCCCCUUGAGAGAAGUCGAUUAGCCACAACAGCCUUUUGUGGUUCCUAUGCAGGGGCAGUGGUAGCCAUGCCCUUAGCUGGGAUACUGGUGCAAUACAUCGGGUGGCCUUCUGUAUUUUAUGUCUAUGGCAGUUUCGGGAUAUUCUGGUAUUUGUUCUGGAUUCUAGUGUCAUAUGAGAGCCCUGCAGUCCAUCCCACCAUCACUCCAGAGGAGAGAAAAUAUAUUGAAGAAGCAAUUGGAGAAUCUGCAGCUUUUCUCAAUCCACUCCAUAAAUUUAAAACCCCAUGGAGAAGUUUCUUCACCUCCAUGCCAGUCUACGCCAUCAUUGUGGCAAAUUUCUGCAGGAGCUGGACUUUCUACCUGCUGCUCAUCAGCCAGCCAGCUUAUUUUGAAGAAGUUUUUGGCUUUGAGAUAAGCAAGGUAGGCAUGGUGUCAGCUUUGCCCCAUCUGGUGAUGACAAUCGUCGUGCCUAUUGGAGGCCAACUGGCUGACUACCUGAGAACCCGCAACCUGAUGUCCACCACUAAUGUCAGGAAGAUGAUGAACUGCGGAGGUUUCGGGAUGGAGGCCACCCUCCUUCUAGUUGUCGGAUAUUCUCACACAAAGGUUAUUGCCAUUACCUUCCUGGUCCUCGCUGUGGGCUUCAGCGGCUUUGCAAUCUCAGGAUUUAAUGUCAAUCAUUUGGAUAUCGCUCCUCGCUAUGCCAGCAUAUUGAUGGGAAUCUCCAACGGAGUUGGAACGUUAUCAGGAAUGGUGUGUCCUCUCAUUGUGGGGGCCAUGACCAAACACAAGACACGUGAGGAGUGGCAGGGCGUUUUCCUCAUAGCAUCUCUUGUUCACUAUGGAGGAGUGAUUUUCUAUGGGAUCUUUGCAUCGGGUGAGAAGCAGUGGUGGGCUGACAUAGAAGACACAAGCGAGGAGAAAUGCGGUAUAAUCAAUGAGGAUGAACUGGCCAAUGAGACGGAGGAGCUUUAUCAUGGAGGCGGCCAGUACGGGGCCAUGGGGCAGCCUGUGGUCGGGUCAAAUGGAGGAGGCGGCGGCGGAGGAGGCGGGGGAGCAGGAUGGGUUACAGACUGGGAUAAGUCUGAGGAGUAUGUUCAACCACCGGGACGCAACUCCUACAUGUUUACUGGAGGGAAAGAAAUGGAGCUGACAUAGAAGACUGAAGUCAUUCAGUUUUUUUUUUCUUUUUUAAAUAAUCCAAUAAAUUAGAAGAUUGUUUAUGGAAAGGGAUUGUAAGAAAGUUGCUGAGGUACUUAAAGGACAUUUACAGCUGCACAUGUCAAGAGCCUGGAUGUGCUAUGUUGUAAGUAUUUGUGUUUGUGUGCGUGUGUGUGUUUUGAGUAUGAAUGCAGCGGUGAAUCUGCAGAAACGUACAGUUUUCAUUUGCACUCCUCCAUCAAACUCUCUCCCUGCUCCUGACUUUAUGGUAAAAGGUCUGGAGUUCUGUUUCCACAACAUCACAGAGGAGUUUGUGUGAGAGACAGUGGGGGUAUGUUCUCAUUAAAUUCUUAUUUGUGAGAAGUGUAUUUUAUAUUUACAAUUUUCACUUUAUGUCAUAAAACAGUGUUUUAUUUAUUAAUUACACAAUGAAAUAUUACAGUUUCAGAUCAAAUAACAACUAUAUCAGUCACAGAGGGUGGGUUGGGGUUGGCUUGAAUCAGCCUAUGCAUAUACAGUAAAUAUUAUCUUAAUUUAGUGGAAACCUACUGAUAUGUAUGUGUGUGCAACCACUAUGCCUGUGUUGUGCAUGUAGAAGGUACUGGACAUACCUCAAGGUUUUUUUACAGUAUGCAUAUUUAAAAUAAUUGCAGUCAUUGAAAUUCAGAACAGAUGUUCGAAACAUGUUGGUCCACCAAUGAAAUAAUGGGUAAAAAAUCAAAAUGGUACAGGGGGAAAAAAGUAUGAAAUCCAUUUAAAUAAAUGUUUAAGCACUUGAAGCACAAGAGGCACUUUGCAUGUCUCUUUUACAGUGAAAUUAUUCCCAUGCUAUGAUCAUAAUUUCUUCAAAUCUGGAAAAUGUAGGAUGUUUUUUUCUGUACACUCUGAUCUUCACUUCUUUUGGUAAUUUUAAGUAUAAAGUCGGGCCUUUUUUGUAUUUUUACUGUUUUAUGUGUUUGUUUUGUCUGAAACCAGUUAUGACUUGCCUUGGUUCUGUGUUAAGGAAUAUUCUCCUUCCUGAAAAUCCACUCAUCUCAUUCUCAGAUUCUUAUCAAGAAUGUCUGCACAUUUCUUCAUUCAUGUGAAGCAUGCACCUAUCCACAUUAACAGGGUAAACUGUUUCAUAGUCAUAGGAAACAAAGACUAGUGUUUUUGGAGGACUCAAUGUGAGGCUUUCCAGAAGACUGUAUCAGCUCUUCAGCAUGGUGGUGGCAACAUCAUGCAGAGGAUGGAUUUUAGCCCCAGUAUGGUCUAUUACCCCAAUGAAGGUGGAAUAAUGAAAAACUACCAACAAGUCCCUAAUCUUCACUUCAUCCAGUUGGUUAAAACUUAAUGAAAAAUGGAUUUCUGAACAGGACAGCUAUUGAGAACAAAGCAUGGAGAUAAAGCAGGCAGAUACAAGUUUGGGUAAUGGCGAAUAUUUUGACCCUACUGAAAAAUGUGUGGGCAUUUUGUAAAAUCGCAUCCAUGCCUGGAACCAAACUAAUUUAAAAAACAAAAUUGUUAAUGGACAAUUUAAUUAAAUUGUUUGUUAUACAAUCAUUAUACUCUAGAGCAGGGGUGUCAAAGUGGU